CCAUCGAUGGAUAUGGUUGGAACUUUGAAUAAUUGAGAGGGCAUACCCACGGCUGAUUUUCAUUUUCAUUUCCAUUCUGCUGGUUAGUGCCCCCAUCUCCUUCUUUGCUUUCUAAAACCUUUCAUUUCCUUUUCCUUUUAUCCUUUUGUCACAUUGAAUCCAAUUGCAUAAGUUCUCUCUUGACCCAUAGUCCUUUGAGGCCCUUUGCUUGCUAAAAGUAAAGACCCUUUCAUUGAAUCCGCACUGCUGGUAUUUUUUGUCAUCUGGUUUCCUGGAGGAGAAAAAGUGGGAAAUCCCAAAUAGGAAAUGGAGGAAAUUGUUGUUACGAUUGCAGCAAAAGUUGCAGAGUACCUAGUCGCUCCAAUUGGACGUUCAUUUGGCUAUCUGUUUAACUACCGCAGCAACAUUGAUGAUCUCAGGCAACAAGUUGAGAAGCUGGGGGAUGUCAGGGCUAGGUUGGAGCGAUCUGUAGAUGAAGCUAUUAGGAAUGGGGAUGAAAUUGAAGCUGAUGUUGACAAGUGGCUUUUACGUGUUAGUGGGUUCAUGGAAGAGGCUGGCAAAUUUUUUGAGCUUGAGAAGAAAGCAAACCAGAGCUGUUUCAAUGGGUCCUGUCCAAAUUUGAAGUCACAAUACCAGCUGAGCAGGGAAGCGAAGAAGAGGGCAAGGGUUGUUGCUGAAAUCCAAGGAGAUGGAAAAUUUGAGAGGGUAUCAUAUCGUGCUCCUCUGCCAGGGAUAGGAUCUGCGCCUUUCAAAGGUCAUGAAGCUUUAGAAUCAAGAAUGACUACUUUGGAUGAAAUUAUGGAGGCCUUGAGGGAUGCUCAUGUCAAUAUCAUUGGGGUAUGGGGAAUGGCUAGUGUGGGGAAGACCACACUGAUGAAACAAGUAGCUAAACAAGCUGAAGAAGAGAAGUUAUUUGACAAGGUGGUUAUGGCUUAUAUAUCUUCCACUCCUGAGUUGAAAAAAAUUCAAGGUGAACUUGCAGACAUGCUUGGUUUGAAAUUUGAGGAGGAGAGUGAAAUGGGAAGAGCGGCUCGACUAUGUGAGAGGUUGAAGAAAGUGAAGAAGAUCCUCAUCAUUUUGGAUGAUAUUUGGACUGAACUCGAUCUGGAGAAAGUGGGAAUUCCUUUUGGAGAUGAUCGUAAGGGAUGUAAAAUGGUGCUCACCUCUAGAAAUAAACAUGUAUUGUCCAAUGAGAUGGGUACUCAAAAGGAUUUCCCUGUUGAACAUUUACAAGAAGAAGAAGCAUUGAUUUUAUUUAAGAAGAUGGCAGGUGAUUCCAUUGAGGAGCCAAAUUUGCAAUCCAUAGCGAUUGAUGUAGCAAAAGAAUGUGCAGGUUUGCCAAUUGCAAUCGUAACAGUGUCAAAGGCAUUAAAAAACAAGGGUUUGUCUAUAUGGGAGGAUGCCUUGCGACAACUAAAGAGGUCUAUCCCAACAAACAUUAAAGGAAUGGAUGCAAUGGUAUACUCAACUCUGGAGUUGAGCUACAAACACUUGGAGGGUGAUGAAGUUAAGUCCUUGUUCUUACUUUGUGAUUUAUUGAAAUAUGGUAUGGGUCUGCGAUUGUUUCAAGGAACUAAUACAUUGGGAGAGGCAAAAAAUAGAAUUGAUACAUUGGUCGAUAGCCUCAAAGCUUCAAAGCUGUUACUAGACACUGGCCACAAUUCAUUUGUUAGAAUGCAUGAUGUUGUUCGUGAUGUUGCCAUAGCAAUUGUAUCCAAGGUCCAUCAUGUAUUUUCUCUGUGAGAAGAUGAAUUGGCAGAGUGGCCAAAGAUGGAUGAACUCCAAACCUGCACCAAGAUCUCUCUGGCUUACAAUGAUAUUUGUGAGCUUCCUAUAGGAUUGGUAUGUCCGGAACUUGAACAUUUUUUAUUCUAUCACACCAUUGAUUAUCAUUUGAAAAUCCCAGAGACAUUUUUUGAAGGGAUGAAAAAACUCAAAGUUUUAGACCUUUCUAAUAUGCAUUUUACAUCACUACCUUCAUCACUCAAUUGCCUUACAAAUCUUUGAACAUUGAGUUUGAAUUGGUGCAAGUUAGGAGACAUCUCGAUAAUUGUAGAGCUAAAGAAACUAGAAUUUCUUAGCUUUAUGGGUUCGAAUAUUGAAAAGUUGCCCAGAGAAAUAGCGCAGUUGACCCAUCUAAGGCUGUUUGAUUUGCGGGACUGUUCCAAACUUAGAGAAAUUCCACCAAACAUCAUAUCAAGCUUGUCCAAAUUAGAAAAUUUGUGCAUGGAAAAUAGUUUUACUCAAUGGGAGGUGGAAGGAAAAAGUAAUGCUUCCAUUGCUGAGUUAAAAUAUUUGCCCCAUUUAACUACUUUAGACAUACAAAUACCAGAUGCCAAACUGUUGCUGACAGACAUCCUGUUUGAGAAGUUGAUAAGAUAUAGAAUAUUUAUAGGUGAUGUCUGGAGCUAGGAUAAAAAUUGUCCAACCACAAAAACAUUGAAGCUCAGUAAACUCGAUACAAGCCUUCAUCUAGCUGAUGGUAUUAGCUUACUGUUGAAAGGAGCAAAAGAUCUACACUUGCGUGAACUGAGUGGUGCUGCAAAUGUUCUUCCCAAGUUAGAUAGGGAAGGUUUUCUUCAAUUAAAGCAUCUCCAUGUUGAAAGAAGUCCAGAGAUGCAACAUAUCAUGAAUUCAAUGGAUCCAAUUCUGUCACCUUGUGCUUUUCCUGUUCUGGAGUCAUUAUUUCUCAAUCAGUUGAUUAACUUGCAAGAAGUAUGUCAUGGCCAACUUCUAGUAGGGUCCUUUAGUUAUUUAAGAAUUGUAAAAGUGGAACAUUGCGAUGGUUUAAAAUUCCUCUUUUCAAUGUCUAUGGCUAGAGGCCUUUCAAGACUUGAAAAAAUAGAAAUAACUAGAUGCAAAAACAUGUAUAAGAUGGUUGCACAAGGAAAAGAAGAUGGAGAUGAUGCUGUUGAUGCAAUUUUGUUCACUGAGCUGAGAUACUUGACAUUACAACAUUUACCGAAGUUCAGAAAUUUCUGCUUAGAAGGGAAAGCAAUGCCUUCCACCACGAAGAGGUCACCAACAACUAAUGUAAGGUUCAACGGCAUUUGUUCAGAGGGUGAACUUGAUAAUCAGACAUCGGUUUUCAACCAACUGGAGGGUUGGCAUGGUCAACUCCUACUUUCCUUCUGCAACCUCCGGUCCCUGAAGAUAAAGAAUUGUGCUUCACUGUUGAAAGUACUCCCACCCAGUUUGCUUCAAAACUUACAGAAUUUGGAAGUACUAAUAGUGGAAAACUGUAAACAAUUUGAAGAAGUAUUUGAUCUUGAAGGGCAAAAUGUUGAUGAUGGACCUGUUGGGCUACUGCCUAAGUUAGAAAAACUGAGUUUAAUUGGUUUGCCUAUGUUGAGACAUAUAUGCAACAAGGACCCUCGACACAUUCUGUGCUUCCAAAACCUGAAAUGGUUAAAAGUACACAAAUGUGGGAGCUUGAGAAACCUUUUCCCUGCUUCUAUGGCCUUGGGUCUUAUGGGCACUAUCAUAUUUCCUAAGUUAAUCCAUCUUUCACUAGAAUCUUUACCCAGCCUAACAAGUUUCUAUCAAGCAUAUCAUGUUCUAAAAAGGUUUGAUUCUGCAGAUGAUAUCCCAGUUGCAGUGCUCUUUAAUGAGAAGGCUGCGUUGCCUAGCUUGGAGCUAUUAAACAUCUCAGGACUGGAUAAUGUAAAAAAGAUAUGGCACAACCAACUUCCUCAAGAUUCCUUCGCCAAACUUAAAGAUGUGAAGGUGGCAUCCUGUGGACGACUGCUGAAUAUUUUUCCAUCCAGUAUGUUGAAAAGUUUACAGAGUACAGUUUCUGAAAGCAGUGGAUUGUAGUUCAUUAGAAGAGGUUUUUGAUAUGGAAAGGAUAAAUGUGAAGGAAGCUGUAGCAGUCACUCAGUUGAGUAAAUUGAUUCUACAAUUUCUGCCAAAGGUUAAGCAGAUAUGGAAUAAGGAACCCCAUGGAAUUCUCACUUUUCAAAACUUUAAAUCAGUAAUGAUUGAUCAAUGUCAGAGAUUGAAAAACCUUUUUCCAGCAUCUUUAGUCAGAGAUCUAGUGCAACUUCAGGAACUGCAAGUGUGGUCUUGUGCGAUAGAGGUAAUUGUUGCAAAGGACAAUGGAGUCGAGACAGCAGCUAAGUUUGUAUUCCCUAAAGUAACCUCUCUCAGACUCUCCCAUCUACAUCAACUUAGGAGUUUCUACCCAGGGGCACAUACUUCACAGUGGCCAUUGUUGAAAGAACUGAAGGUGCGUGAGUGCCCUGAAGUCGAUUUAUUUGCAUUUGAAACUCCAACAUUCCAACAAAUACAUCAUAUGGGAAAUCUUGAUAUGCUGAUUCACCAGCCCCUUUUCUUGGUGCAACAGGUAAGGUCCCAAACCUUUUUGGAUGUGAUUCACCUCAUCAAGUUUCAUAAUUGUCAAGUUUUGUUUAAUUGUAUAUUAAAUUUUUCAUGUUAUUGUAGCAAUCACAAUUAGCUUGCUCAGCAGAUCAUGUAUUGGAUUGCUCCCUUGCCACUAUUUUUUCAGUUUUGCCAACCCUUAUAUAUGUUUAUAAAACCCGUCCAAUCAGAGACUAUUCAUGAAUUUUCUAGACAUCCCUUCAAAGAAACUAGUGGGAGACUUCAAUUAAUUAUAUUAUGCAAUUGAAUUUAUCUGAUUGAGGAGGUCUUUCAGUACAAGUAAACUAAUAACUUGACCUGAAAAGGUGGAUGCAGAGACCAAAACAACAUGCUGGCAACACGAUUGUUGGCCCCCACUUGAUCCAGAAGUUCUUUAUAGAGGAUCCUAGAUUUCUUUGUUUCACCCUAUCGCAGUUGAACUUUUAAGCUAAAAUUUGACCUAAUCCUUUCUUGUGAGAGGAAUUUAUAUGACUAGUCUAUAUAGUUCAAACCAAUAUUGCAAUUUAUAGUAAAUUUUAUUGGUUUUCAGAGAUUAUUUAAUUUUUAGAACUAUUAUAUAACCAGCCGACUGAUAGUAAACAAUUCUGCACCACCAUUCCAAUCCAUUUUUAUUAAAGUGAUUUACACCUUGCACUGAACUUCUCAAAUGCCAAAUGAUCCUAAUUAGACAUUGAGAGGUGGCUGUCCAUUGCAUCUUCUGUGAAUUGAUUAUUUUGCCAUGUUCUUUGCUUGGGUUAGAGAAAUAAAACAGCUCCUCUUUGUAGAUAUGCAUAUGUUAUUUGUAUACUUGUUUUAAUUGACAGAACAAAUCUGUUUUGUUUGAGCCAUUUAUCAAGUUGCAUUCCCUAACUUGGAGGAAUUAACAUUGGAUUACAAUGACACUACAGAAAUAUGGCAAGAUCAAUUUCCAGUUAAUUCCUUUUGCGGACUAAGAGUUCUGAAUGUAUGUGAAUAUGGAGAUAUUUUGGUUGUCAUUCCUUCCUUUAUGCUUCAAAGACUACAUAAUCUGGAAAAACUUAACGUGAAAAGAUGUAGUUCAGUCAAAGAGAUAUUCCAAAUUGAAGGACGUGACGAGGAAAAUCAAGCCAAGAGGCUUGGACGGUUAAGGAAAUAUGGUUGCGUGAUCUUCCAGGGCUGACCCAUUUAUGGAAAGAAAACUCCAAACCAGGCCUUGAUUUGCAAAGUCUAGAGAGUCUUGAAGUGUGGAAUUGUGACAGUUUGAUAAAUUUGGCACCAUGCUCAGUAUCUUUCCAAAAUCUAGAUACUCUAGAUGUGUGGUCUUGUGGCAGUCUGAGAAGUUUGAUAUCACCCUCGGUAGCUGAAAGGCUGGUAAAACUCAAAAAACUCAAAAUAGGUGGAUCACUUAUGAUGGAAGUAGUAGUUGAAAAUGAAGGAGGGGAAGGAGCAGAUGAGAUUGUUUUCUGCAAAUUACAACACAUGGUACUUGUGUGUUUGCCAAACCUCACAAGCUUCAGUUCAGGUGGUCAGAUGAAAUUUUGGAUUGUUCUAUGUGCAUGAGGUUGGACUAGUAGUUGCAAUUUCCUGCAUUUUUUUCGUUAUCCAACAUAAUUUUAAUGGACUCCUGAGUACUCAUAGGCCUCGGGAUGCCAUGGCUGUUACUAAGAGAAAGGUCAGUCUCCGAACUAAUUUUUCCAGCUUGGAUUGAUGCUCCAUUCGAAAAUUAUGAACAUAUUUUUGUUGAAAUAAGGUUCAACCCAAGAUGAUUCAUGGCUGGGAUGAACCUUAUUUAUGAACAUAUUUUGGGUUAGAAUAUUCUGUUAAGAAUAUAAGGUUUGUUAACGUGAUUCUGAAUCAUUGUUUUGUAUUUGAAUUUCUUGUA